AGCUGAAUCUCACCCUGACAGUUUUCUGAGCAGUGACUUCAGAGCCUCCCUCCUGCAGCUCUCCAGAGCCACUGAAGUUCCCUGCUUAGUAUUCAAUUGUAUUCGAACUCCGGCGUUGUGAGAUGAAAUUAUGUGUUGAGGUAGUUAAACCAACAAGAUGAAACCGUCGGCGUGUGGCAUGGCGCUGCGCUGGUGUGAGUGAACAGAGCCACCUUAAAGGAGGCAGCCCGCUGAUGUCAGCGUCACAGACACAGACCCGCCGCCGGUACAACGCUGCGCUGCUCCGCCGUUUCAAAUCUCCAUCUGCGCUGCUGCUCUCCUCACUUUCUUCAGCUCAUGUCUCGCCUGCAUUCACGGGAGUAGCUUAUUUCAGCCUCUUCGCAAACACAUUUCACUGAGCUGUGCCAGUUAAUGCCUGAGCCAAAUCCUUGCCUCAGGGAGAGAAAGGUCUGAAUGUCAUUGGGCUUGGGAAAAGAGAGGGCUGAGAAGGGACUUUGGCAUUUAUCCAUGGACAAUAAAGGAUUUAACUCUAAAAGACAGCUGUUAAAUGGUUCCACCCUGUGUGAGGAGGUCUCUGCUGCUGUUACUCCACAUCCAGGCCUACCCCACCCCUCCUCCCCCUCCGCCAGCGCAGGGCAGCCACAGAAGCGUUGGCUCGAUUCCAGGGAGGCUCCGAUCCUGCAGCCACGUCAAUCACGUCUUCACCGCUGGCUGCAGGGCGGCCCUCGUGGCCGGGAUGCCACUGUGUGCCGUGCCAGUCCACAGUGGACGGUGAGGGACAGGAGGAGGGGACCGAGUGCAGGAGACUGAGAGGAGGCCCGCACCAAACAGGAGAAAUGAACCUCUGCUGGAAUGAGAUCAAACGCAAGUCCCACAACAUCCGGGUGCGGCUAGAGGCCUUCUCCGAUAACAGCGGGAAGCUGCAGCUCUCUCUGCAGGAGAUCAUUGAAUGGCUGACAGCCAAGGACGAGGAGCUGUCAGAGCAGCUGCCCAUAGGAGGCGACGUGGGGGCCGUCCAGCACCAGAGGGAGUUCCACCAGGUAUUCAUGGAGGAUGUCAAGUCUCACGGGCCGUUCAUCUACUCAGUCUUGGAGUCUGCCCAAGCCUUUCUGGCUCAGCAUCCCUUCCAGGAGCCAGAGGAGACCCUGACCGAUGGAAAAGAGGUGUCUCCACGCCGGCGAAUCUUAAAUGUGAGCCGCUCAGUGUGGAAGCAGGCGAACGUGGCCAGUGACCUGUGGGAGAAGCUGACGGCACGCUGUGUGGACCGCCAUAGACACAUGGAGAGGACUUUAGAGCGUCUACUCCAAAUCCAGGCAGCGAUGGAGGAGCUAGCAGUGGCCCUAGAGCAGGCAGAGGGGGUAAGAGACGCCUGGGAGCCCGUCGGAGACCUCUUCAUCGACUCUCUGCAGGACCACAUAGACGCAACUAAGUUAUUUAAGGAGGAGCUGACUCAAGUGAAGGAGGGCAUGAAGCACAUCAAUGAUCUGGCCCACCAGCUGGCUAUCUCCGAUGUCCAUUUGUCAAUGGAGAACACCCGCGCCCUGGAGCAUCUCAACAGCAGAUGGAAAGUGCUUCAGGCUUCCAUAGAGGAACGGCUGAAGCAGCUCCAGGAUGCACAUCGAGACUUUGGCCCCGGAUCGCAGCACUUCCUUUCCAGUUCAGUGCAGAUACCAUGGGAGCGUGCCAUCUCCCCCAACAAAGUGCCCUACUACAUCAACCAUCAGGCCCAGACAACGUGCUGGGACCAUCCAAAGAUGACAGAACUGUAUCAAGCACUGGCGGAUCUGAACAACAUAAAGUUCUCAGCAUACAGAACAGCCAUGAAGCUGCGGCGAGUUCAGAAGGCUCUGAGAUUGGAUUUAGUGGCACUGAGCAGCCUCGGGGAGGUGUUUCGGGAGCAGGUGCUGCAGCAGGGGGAGCAUGUGAUGGAUGUGGUGGAGAUGAUCCACGGCCUGACGGCUCUGUAUGAGAGGCUGGAGGAGGAGAGGUCCGUCCUGGUCAACAUUCCACUUUGCGUCGACAUGUGUCUCAACUGGCUGCUCAACGUCUACGACAGUGCUCGUAAUGGCAAAAUGCGAGUUCUCAGCUUCAAGAUGGGAUUGGUGAGCUUGUGCAAUGCAGACGUCCAAGAGAAAUACAAAUAUUUAUUCCAUCAGGUGUCUGGUCCUGGAGGUUUGACAGACCAGCGUCACCUCAGCCUGCUGCUCCAUGAAGCCAUCCAGAUCCCCCGCCAGUUGGGUGAAGUCGCUGCUUUCGGGGGCAGCAACGUGGAGCCCAGCGUCCGCAGCUGCUUCCGCGUGGCCCCAGGGAAACCUGCAAUUGAGGUGUCUCACUUCCUCGAGUGGAUGAGCCUGGAGCCACAGUCAAUGGUUUGGCUGCCUGUCCUCCACCGUGUGGCUGCUGCAGAGUCGACCAAGCACCAGGCCAAAUGCUAUGUCUGCAAACAGUGUCCCAUCAAGGGCUUCAGGUAUCGCAGUCUGAAGCAGUUCAAUGUGGACAUCUGCCAGACAUGUUUUCUAACCGGCCGCACUACCAAGGGAAAGAAGCUGCACUACCCCAUCAUGGAGUACUACACACCAACAACCUCGGGAGAGAAGAUGAGGGACUUUGCCAAGACUCUGAAGAAUAAGUUCAGGUCAAAGCAGUAUUUCACCAAGCAUCCGCAGAGAGGUUACCUGCCGGUGCAAUCUGUGCUGGAAGCCGAGAGCUUGGAGACGCCAUGCUCUUCACCCAAGCUGCCUCAUGCAGACACACACAGCAGGAUUGAACAUUAUGCCAGCAGAUUGGCGGAAAUGGAGAGCCAGAAUUGUUCAUUCUUCACGGAUAGCCUGUCUCCUGAUGAAAGUCUGGAUGAAGAUCAGUACCUCCUGCGUCACUCCAGCCCAGCCCUGGACCAUGACUCACCCUGCGGACAGCACAUGUUGCUGGCCCACCUGGAGCACCAGGACAAGGAUCAGCUCCAAUGCACCCUGGCCCGCCUGGAGAAUGAGAACAGGGUGCUGCAGAGCGAGUACAGGAGGCUGAAGUGGAAGCACGAGGAGGCAGUGUCAGUUCCCAUGCUGACUGAGGCUGGAGAGAGCGGCCCAGGUUCACCCACGGAGGGAGGGCAGCAGGAUGAGGAGCUCCUGGCCGAAGCACGGGUCCUCCGGCAACACAAGACACGCCUGGAGACCCGUAUGCAGAUCCUGGAGGAUCACAACAAACAGCUGGAGUCCCAGCUUCGUAGGCUCAGGGAGCUACUGCUACAGCCCAAAGAUGACUCGGAGGCCAACGGAUCAGAGCCGUCAACUCUGUCUUCUCCCGUGUCUGGAGGGGGUCACCAUGGGGAACCUGCCAGCAGAGAGACCACUGACACUGAAGCAGCAGGAGAUGAUAUGGAGCACGAACAGGAUACGGUCCUGCAGCUCCAGGAAGUCAUCGAGCAGCUGAGAAACGUCUUCCCUUCAGAACCGGGCACCACCUCACACAUCUAACCCCAAGUGGGCCUGGAGGAGCAGAGUGAAAACCUGAAAGUAUGCCUGAUGGCAGAGGGAGGAGCUCCACAUGUCUGUGGUCAGGCCACAGUACAACGGCCCCUGUGAUCAUUGCAGCAGCUAUGAUACCCAGAGCUAACCCUUGACUGGAAUCUGUGCACUAAAAGCCUUUUUCAUGCAAACUGAUAAAGGCUCACGCUGAUGUCCGUUUGGCCAGGCUGUGCUUCAUAAUUUCAGUGGCACAGCCUGACACCAUGUUAACGAGCCAAAGGAAACUAACGUUAGCAGCAGGUCAGGGAGAGACUAAGUAAUGGCAAGUGCCCACUACAGGACUUUAGCCCUGAUUUGCUGUUUUCCGUUCACCGACAGUUUUUGGAGCUCCCCGAUAAAAGCCCAAUAUUGUAAGCAAAUCGACAUUGGCUUGGCACUUGCGUGCACAUGCUCCAAUGUGAUGUGUGAACUGUUCAAAAACUCGUGGAUUUUCACGAGAUCACGCAAGAAUUGCUUCAAGUAUUGCGUUUUUGUCUGAACUACCAGCUUUCUGAACCAAUCGGCAUCCACUGAGGAGCUACUGACAACUAUGGGUGUGGUUUAGGUGUGUGCGACCACUGCGACUGUUCGUUCAAAACAACAAUAGCAUAGAUGGUUCAUCCAAUCACCUGCCAGGUAGUUUUUGAAAGUGCCUGCCCUUUUCCAAACAGUUUCCAAUGACGGCUUCUCAGAUGGUUCUGUGUAAAAAAACAUCUGGCGCCUCAGGUUAGCUUGCUGGUGCCUCGCAGACACAUUUCGGAUAUCUAGCAGGCUAAAUAUCUGGAGCUGUCGGGGACUCUGCCAGGGAGCUACAGCCAAUGAGAGCGCAAGACACAGGCUGAGGGGAAACCAGGGGGAAGGGUCGUCUGUACUUUAUUUACUGUGAGUGUUGCAUUUCCUACACGGACCAAAGUUGUUGUUGCACGUAGAGAAAACAGGCUAUAAAUAAUAAAGAUGUGUGGAAAUAGGCUAUUUGUGAACAUGUGUGCCAGCCACAAUCCCGCCUUUAAAGGCACUCUCUUUCUUUUUCUUCUUUGUUUUAUCACUGUAAAUCAGCCACCAACAACUUGGAGCGGUUGUUUCUGGCGGACAUCGAAAAAUCCUGCCUCACGUAUGGUACAGUAUUACGUCAUGUCGCGUGUCACUUCAAACAUACUGUAGUUUGAAGACUAGACUCGGGGAUUCCUCCUGUGUGUGAGCCCCUGUCGCCGGUCAGUCAGGUAGUGUGAAAACAAACAACAAGACAGCAAGUAGUGUAGUGUGAAUAGUACAGCGAACUGGUGACUUUGAAAGUCUUGUAGUGGGAACUUAGCUUAAAGGAACAUGCCCAGCCAAGACACUGUGCUUACCAGUAUCUAUGUAGUCUUUCAGAGGUGUGAAGCUGUCCACAGCACAAAUUGGACUGUCCUUAAGGAGAACUUAAAAAAAUGCAAAAAGGAAUAAGAAGAAUAUCCCCUUGUUUUGUCAGAAUGCCUGUAUCUUCAGUGUUUUUUUCUCUCCUUGAAUGUGUUAUCAUGGUUGUUAUUUUUUUGUUUUUUGAAGGCAGGUUGGUGCGUUAAAGCUUGUUAGAGUGAACUAGAUCAGGGCUGGGCUGACUGUAUUUCAGGUUGUCAGGGAGUUGACAGCACCCACAACAAGCCUAUUUACUUUAUGAGAAUGACACAUCAUCAGUUAAAUCCAUGAUUUAUUUAAGACAGCCAAAGUGCCCGCUAGCACAGCGCCUAUGUAUGCACACAUUGUGUUCCUCUAAUCCUCUCAAACUGCUUGUCGCUCUCAUUGCUCGCCUCUCCUGUGAGCCCCUUACACUCAUAGAGAACCACUUGCACUUACCGUACACCCACACACACACACACACACACACACACACACACACACACACGUAUGCUGCUACAGCCACACUCCCUAUUUACAAUGCACCCUUCCCACAUUGUGCACAAGCUCCCUGCAUGAUCAAUAACAUGUGCCAUGCUGCAUCACAAAAAAAAUCACUUCAAUAAAAAAAUGGCGAUCCAUUUCAUCUCUUUGGCUCGUGGAAUUUAGACACACUCUCAGUUUUGAGCCAAUUUGUAUUGUGGCUGAAAUCGGAUUUUGUUGAGGAAAUGUCUGCUGAUAAAUAUCAUCAUGCAGGCGUCCACUCUGGGAUCUGAGCGUUCUACUGCUGUGUGCAGAGAAAGAGAAGGAAGGACCUCCAGGCGAUAGAGCUGCAAGACUAAAGCUCUCUCUCUCUGCUAGGCCAAUUCCAGACACUACAGGGGGGAACAAGGCACCACCAUAAUGUGUUCCUAUACUGACAUGAUCCUUAAUAAUCCCUCUUCUCCAUGUAGAUUUGAAAAGAACACUAGCUAUUGAUUCUACAUGCCUCAUUUUCCCUCGCUAAUGCAUACUUAAUUGCGUUUAGAUUUACAAAAAGCCGCUGAAAUGGCGUUGCCCUCAUCAUAUCAGGGUCAUAGGGUGCGUUCUGUUCUAAACACAGCACAGUCAGUGAAUGCCUUGAAAUGAAACUGAAUCCAUAUAAAACAAGAGUUUAGUCUUUCUGGACUGCAUUGUGUUUUUACAUUCAGGGAAGGAGGUUGCAUCAGGAGUGUGCCCCUGGACAGGCUGGUGGUUUAUUUGGGCUAACAGGAAGAAUGGACAAGUGUGGAUCACAGCGCAUGAGCAUCCAUACGUUGAAACCAGUUAAAAAGGGCUUUUAUGAGAGAACAAGAGAGGAAAGAUGAAAAAAAAAUCCAUUUAUUGCUUGGGGGCUGGUGGAAGAGAUCCACUUUCAUGUGCCUGCCACCAAAAAAUCUCAAGAAGCAGAACAAAAGGAUGCAUGAAACAAGUUAAGCUGUGGCUCAUGUAUUUCUCAGCAAAUCAUACUGCCUCAUUCUCACAGAAAACACAGAUAUACACAGUUAGGAAUUAAUCUUAAACCUUAAAAUGACACUCUGAUCUCACACACUAGUUUGAAACCCAUGUGCUGUAUUCAUUACGGGCUUCCCUCUCCAGGCACACAGAGCUUACAUUUUGACACCAUCCUCCUCAGCACUCGCUGCCUGUUAAUUUUGAUACUGUUGCUAGGGAACUGUCCCCAAGGAUGCAGUUCCACAGGUUUGUGAGUUGGAAAGGUGAUGUGCCGUUCAUAAUACAAAUGCUAAUAGCCUUAAGGGAAGCAAGAGUGAGCGCCCUUCUCCUCUUCUUCACUUCCACCUCCACUUAAGCCUGUUGCUUUUCAGCUGCUGAAAAUAGUCAUUAUCAUCUGUUGAAUUUAUCUCCACACCAGCAUCACUUAAGAAUUUGUUCUGGUGAAGCUCUCAUAAAUCAGAACAAACAGCAGCAGCUCGGCUCAUGGGUGAAAAAAAAAAAACAUGACAAGCAAUGUUUAUUCAUAGACAUACAUUUAUUGGGAUUCACACAUCUCAUUAAGCAUUGAUGAUCACACUUUUUUUUUUCUUUUGUAUGUGGGUACACAAAAUGAUGUAACAGAGCCGUGUGUGAAAAGAAGAGGAAGAACUCCCCAUAGGGCUGCCUGUCAACAUUGGUUGUGUUUUUUUUUUAAAACAAUAUAUCGGAGGCAGAUUGAAAUAAAUACACUAUGUGGUUAUUCACAGAUUGUCCCCGUGUGUAACUCUGCUGCUGUUUGACACUCAUCUCCUUGACUGAGUGAUCAUCUGAGGUCUGAUCCAUGUACACGUUUCUAUACUGGUAGUGGCUCCCUAUAUUCCCUACACACGCUGAAGCAUACCCUGCUCUCUGUGGCAUGACUAAAGCUGUGUGAUUGAA